AUGGGAGUGCAUAAAAGCAGCUAUAAAGGUGAACCAGCCGAAACUAUUCAUCUCCGUCAGUUCUCGGAUUGGUUGCAGCUUAACGUUGUUGAUAAAGAGGACUGGAAUGCCAUUAGAAGCUGUCUUUCUGAGACUUUAUUUUGUGAGGGCGAAAAACAGCCUGGGGCAGUGAAAGGUUGCUGCAAGCCACCUGCUUAUUGUGGUUAUGAGUUAAAGAAUGGUACCACUUGGACAGUCCCAAAAUCAGGCCUACGUUCUAAAGAUCACGAUUGUGUUACAUGGAGUAAUGAUCCGCGCAUAAUGUGCUACGAUUGUGAUUCAUGCAAGGCAGGGUUUCUCGCCAGGAUAAAGAAUAACUGGAGGAAGCUAAGCGCUUUCUUUAGCUGCCUCAUUGCCUUCCUAGUCAUCAACUUCGUGAUUGGUUGCUGUGCAUUCAGAGGUAGCCGAGGUGUUGAUCAGUACCAGAAACAUGGAAACUCCAAUUGA